AUGGCUUUUGCUCCUCAUAUAAUAUCUGAUGGAUUAUCAGGAGGUGAUUUAAAAAAAUUGAGUAACGUCUUGAUAGGAGACCAAUUAGCAAAGGUGCAGAUAUUAAUACCUUCUCAACGACAUGUAUUUGAUGGAUUGCUGAAGUUUGGAACAGAUUCUCAUAUAAACAAUUUGAAAUUAGACAUUUUGAAUAUGGUUUUGAAUUUAGAGGAAAACAUUAGAAUUGAAUUGGGCCAGUGCUUCGUGGACGCAGUGGAUAAAGUUUAUCAGAUCAAGAGUUUACCGCAAGGGUUAGCCACUACCGCUAAUGAUUCGACAACGAAUUACAAAUAUGUUAGAUUGAUCAACCUUUGCUUAGAGAAUUACGAGACGUGCUCCUAUCCACAUGCGCAGGCGCUACAAAAAGGUUUAAUUCGUCUUUUAUACCGAUGCUUAGGGAAUUCAAAUCAGCUGGCAACUGUAGACGAUAAAAAAUGUGUGAUCGAACUUUUUAAGUUCUUCCUUUACAUGGGAAAACGAGACCAGUUGUUUAACUUGGAGCUAUUGGUGCCCUUGGAAAAUUUACUAUCGGAAAUGGCUGAAAAGUACGCAUUGAAUAUCAAUUUCAAGUACGUUAUAAGAGUCAAGGCUUCUAAAUCAUCAGCAGCAUCGGUUAAAUAUGACCCGCUGAGUAAUAAGGGAUUAGAAUUAAACAGUUCUAUCCCAAACGCCGUUAACAUAGACAACCCUCUAGAUAAAGAUUUGUUAUCACUGGGAUUAGCUCUUUAUUCAUCCCUCUAUCCACAUGGUAAGGAGCACAAGGAUUCUCUGUGGGAACAAGUACGCUUUGAGAUGGUAGUGUCAAGUCUCCUAAAAAGUGGCGAUAUCGAUUUGAAAUGUUGUGCAUUAGAUUUCUUCAUUUACCCAUUUUUGAAUGAACCCGAAGUCUGGCAACAGAAACAAAGACUUAAGCAAAUUUUACCCUACUUGGUGGAUUCCUUCAAUUACCAGUCACUCCCUUGGUGGUUUGAUCCAUUCGACAGAUUAAAUUCCUUAAUCGAACUCUACCACAGACAUGAGCCAUUAAGCAAUCCUGUAAUUUCAUUUUUAUCAAAGACCAACGUCGUUUAUGGACUUUUGACACUCUUCUCUCAAUGCCUUUCUUUAAAAUAUCAAAAUAAUUCUACGUUAAGAUCACUGACUAAAUUCAUUAGAUUGUGUGCAUCUCUUAGCGCAUUUGAUGAGUUAUACAGGUCUCUGCUGUUAGAGGAAAAACCUUUAAUUCAUCAUCUGGAGAAUGGAAUGGAAAAGCAUUUAAACCUUCUCCAAGAAUUCUUACUUAACAAACAAUUGAUUAUGCAUCUAGAAGGCGAUGAUUCCUUAUCGCUACCUCCACUUUAUGACAGUGAGAUUACCAUGGCCUGGUUGCUUUUAUUAAAAUCAUUCUCACGCAGUGUAACUGCACUGAGAACAUCCUUAAAGAGGAAUCGUCUAGCAGAAUUGCUGUUAAACCUUUUACGUACUACUUACAAAACAUGCCAAGAGUGUGAAUUUGCGGGUCGUGAUUUUUUGAAGGCUGAGAUCGGUAUCAUGGGGAUAACUUUGGGUGGUAUAUGCAAUUUUGUCGUGGAAUUUUCUUAUUUACAAUCAUUCAUGUUAAAAAAUGGUAUUGUGGAAAUCAUCGGUGAAAUUUUGACAGAUCCCUUGUUUAAUUCGAAACAACCUUGGCCUAGUGAGAAACGUCGCCAUGUCUUUGAAGGUAUUUCUACCGAUGAAGUGGAAACAAAUGCUCUGUGGGUGUUAAGACAUUUAAUGUACAACUGCCAAAAUUCCGAGAAGCUGGAUCUUCUCAUAAAGAUACCGAUGUCUACCAUCUUAGAGUAUAUUAACGAUUCUAGUUGGUCUGUUCAAGAGCAGUGUUUCCAAUUGAUAAGAAAUCUGACUUGCAAUUCAAGGAAAGUCGUAAAUAUCUUAUUGGAAAAUUUUAAAAAUAUACACUAUGAGAGUGAUCCUAAUGAUGGGAAGCCAAUAACUGUGGGGGGUACUUAUCUAUUUGAAUAUUUGGCGCGCAAGAUGAAACUGUUGGAUCCAACGGACAUCGUACAAAGAAAAACACUGGAAGGUAUUUUAUACAUCUUGGUGAAUCUAGCGGCUGUCAAUGAAAACAAGAAGGAAUUAGUCAUUGAACAGGAUGAAAUUCUCAAUAUCCUUCAUGACAUCUUAUCCGAGAGCCCACAGAGGGUUUCUCGCUAUAGCAAUGACAGUAAAUUGAAACUAGCAAGUCUAUGGGUUUUGAACAAUUUAUUGUGGAACUCCAUGAUCUCCAGAUAUACCCAUUAUGCGCUAGAGGGAUACACACCUUCGCAGGAAUCAGAUUCCAGGGCUCUUAUUCACCAGAAUUCGCCUUUUUCCAGCAACAACGAUAUUGAUAAGGUUUUAAUGGACGAUGAAGAAGAAGAUGAAGAGGAAGACGAUCAAGAGGAAAACGGCGAAGAUACAAGUGAUACGAGUGACAAUGAUGACGAAUUCGUUCAUCAUUCGAUGUCUACAGAUUCCGCUUCGCACCAUGCCAAUAGGGCCGCCAUCGAAAGAUGUAACAAACUGGUCAACAUGGGGAUGUAUGAUCUGGUCAAACAGAACAUUUUCGAUGAAUCGCUAUCGGUUAGAGAGAAGGCAAGAACUUUACUUUACCAUAUGGAUCUUCUUUUGAAAGGUACCAAUAUAUAG